UCCCUUUUCCCGCUGCGUAGCGCUCUCUCGCGCUCGUCUACCAAAAUGGCGGCCGGCGGGCCUUGAGUCCAGAGUCUCUGGCUGAUGCCUCUUUCCGCUGGCUCGGGAGACCUGAGGCAAGUCUUGGGGAUGAAGGAGAGGAGGAGGCCCGGUUCCCCCCGCAUAGCGAUGCCUUCCCUCCUCCUCCGAGGAGGAGCAGCCGGGCGCUCAAUUUUCCUAUAAACUCACACUGAGAAGAAAUGAUGGCAGCUUUGGAUACUAAAGCAAAGAAGACUCUGGGAACUGUUGAUUAUGUGGAGUCAUCAGAGUUUGCCCAAGGAAUUCUGCCUACAAAGAAGGAUGUCAUUCAAAACAUGUUAUAUCUACUGCACCCGAAAAGGGCAGGGCAAGCCCAGCGAUCCAAAGAAGAUGCUGCCCAGUUGCUUGCCGAACUCUUGCAGGAACAUUGGUCGUUCUGCAAUUUAUAUACCAUAGCAACACAAAGCAUAAAGAUGCAUAUUCUGAAGGUGUAUGAGGAAUUCUCAAAGCUGUAUCAGUCCAGAAAGCGAAGAAGAAAUGAGUUGUUUACGCAGAAGGCAAAUGAUUUCAACAGGAGUUCAGAACAGCUCUUUGACAUAUUUUGUACAGACACUGUAACCAGAGAGAAACAGGAACAGUUCAGUGGUGUGAAGAUGACAGAUACUGAGUGGAAAUUUCUUGAGGAUCAGAGGAGUGAAAGAAAAAUGUAUUUUGAGGACUUUAUGGACAAAAAACAGAUGGAAACAGUAGAAAGACGAAGAAAAGUAGAGUCACUGGAGCAUUUCAGGAAGAUUUCAGAAGAGGAGAGGAAAGGUUGCAAGCGUAAAGAAAUGGCUUCCAACCGAGACGAGCAGUCAACUGAAGAUGUCAAUGAUAGGAGUAAAGUUGAUUCCUGUAUAGAACACAACAAAGGAAUUGGAAGCUUUUCACAUAAGGCAAAAAGAAAGCGCUUAUCUUCUGGCUGGAUUACUGGGACAGCAAGUUCAACUAGCUAUAGCGAAUCAGUUCCUCCCGAGUGUCAGCAUAUACGCAUGAGCAUCAGAAAAGUCCGACCAGGAUUCUAUGAGACUUUUGACAAAUACGAAAACUGCUAAUGUCCAUGUUUCUAGAGGCAGUUGAUUCUGUUGGUGUUUACAGAAUUUUGGGAGGUCUUAAAUACCCUGAUUAAUUGGAAGUUGAUGUAGAUAAUAAUGCUGGGCUUCAUUAAUUCACAGCAAAAACACCAAAGCAAUGGCAUCAGUAGAAACUGUCUUUUAGCUCACCGGGAAAGGCUGAGAUGUGGCUUGUUUGGGCCCUUUAUCACUACCUUCCAAGGGUAAAAGUAUGAGGUCCUAAAAGGCUGUAGUGUAGCAAAGGACAGCAGAACCACCAGUGUCUGGAAAUUAAAAUAAAUAAAAUGCAUGACAAUAAGCUAAGUAUGUGAAGAUAACUAGAACAGGCUGUUAAGGAAGAUUGUAUGCCUGAAUACUUCUGAAAAUAUUCUGUAUUGAAAUGUUGAGAGUAGAGGCCUGAGAUGGAAAUACAGGAGAAAAUACAUUCUCUUCCGCAAAACAGUAGUCUUACUAAAUAAUCUGUUACCCAUUGCAACUUAAGUAUCUAUCAAGACUGAAUGCCACGUACAGAUGAGGAGGAACAUAGUGAAUGGGAUGGCUGCUUAAAAGAAGGUGCAGUUUAAUGGUUUACAGUAGAUUGUGGAAUCUUUACUCGUAGAACAUCCCUUUGUGGAUAAACAGUCAUUGGCCCACUGACCUAGGAGGUACUGUCACUUCAUUAAAAACCCUCAGUAAUACUUGUCUGGUCUUAAGAGACAGAACAUGUAUAAUUCAGUUAAUUCACUGCAGUUUGAAAGGGUUCUGCAUCAGAACUAGAUCCUGGUAGUAGGAGAAGGAAAAUGGAUUACUUCACAUGUCCUGGGGGGCAUGGUUGCUAAGGGACCAUUACAAUUAUGAGGAUGAGCUUUGUGAGAUAACAUUGGUUUGUUUGAGAAGGAAAGAAUGGUCAGGGAAUUUCAACAACUUUAGGUAUAAAUGUCAGCUCUCUGUAUAUUUUCUGCGUUCUUAGCAAUUAAAUAUUAUGUUCGAGUAAGAUCGUCUUCCAGGAUCAUUUUAGCAAUUAAAUAUUAUAUGGUGGUGAGAA